GUUGUUCGUCGAGCCAGGGCCGCAUUUUAGAUCGUAAUCAUGCAGGUCGAAGCUCUGAUUGUUGGGGGCGGCCCAGUCGGACUGCUUUUGGCUUGUGGAUUACUGAAGAGAGGGUUGAAGGUUCUGGUUGUGGAACAGAGCCCUGCAGUGUCUGAAGACUGGUCUACUGCCUACAGUUACGGGGUCGACUGUCGUGGCAUAGUCUUGGUGAACUUGGUCUGCUCGAAGGCUUGGAGUCUGUUGCUGUCCCGUCCCGAGGGUUUUCUAGGACAGAGUGGCAACCUGACGGUACAUUCAAACAUGCGACAUCACGAGCCGCAGUGUCGCUUGGAUAUUGGAUCCAAAGGCCGAUUUUGGUGAAGCCAUUGGAGAAGUGUCUGCCAUCGGGAGUUCUGUUCGGAGGCAUCCUCCUGCACUUCGAGUUUGGAAGGCGAGCAGUGGCAACCGUGCAAGUUGGCAGCACAACCACCACGAUCAGCUCCCGGUAGGUUUUCGGUUGCGAUGGACGUCGCAGCAGAGUACGGGAGCACCUGCAAGCCCAAAACGAGAGGUUCCGGCGGGACUUCACGCCGCAUGUACCGCAUGGGCCUCGUAUACAAAGCUGUGUUGUGCACGCCACCUGGGCAUUUCGACAACAGAUUGAUGUACGUGUUGAAAGGUAAGUCUGGUCGCACACUUGCGCUCCUGCCAUUUGCAGGGAAGCCUGGAGAUCCACGCCCAGUUUCCUUCGCGCAAGCUCCUGGCCACCCCUUCCGUGGCUUUAAGACAGCAGAAUAGCUUUACAGCAGUUUGGAGGAGGACUUCCCCCAAAUGGAAGCCCGCGAGCGCCUGUCUCCUGGCUCAGCAUCCGCAUGGUGCACUGGUGAAGGCACCACUUUUCCGCAUGCGCGCUGGUGCAGUCGUGCAUCUGCCUGGGUCGCAGACUGCGGGGUCGCGCUGUUAGGAGACUCCCUUCACUGCUUCCCCCCUGAUCUUGGGCAGGGCGUCAAUGCCGGACUCAGCGACGUCUCCAGCUUGCUUGCCCUUUGGCCGCAGGAUGCCAGCAGCCCUGAAUCGAUUCAGAGGGCACUGGAGGCUUACCAUGACCAACAGGCGCCAGAAGCAGAGGCGAUCUGCCGCCUCAUUCCCAUCGGCAUGCCUUACCAGUAUAACCUUCCACAGUCCUUUGCAAAGUUCGCCUUCUUCGGCUACCUGCUCACCCGCGUCUUAGCUAAUAUGCUGAUGCCCUCGUUCAUCACCCCGCCCGUAGUGUUCCAGGUGACAACGGCGCCUCCUCUGAGGUACACGCACAUCUUGGAGUGCCAUCGUGCGAACACACACCGGCUGCUUGUUGUGGCUGCCGUGACCCUCUCCUCCAUCAUGGGCUCAUUGAUGAUGAGGAGGCGUCGAGCGUGAGUUCGCAUCUGGACUCUCUACGCGUUGCUUGGUUCAGUACUCAACCAAGACAGCUCUUGGAACAGACGCUGACCAGUUUUUCUCCAGUCGUCAGGUGUUGUGACGCAGCGCUAUUGUUGGAUGCCAUUUCCGCCUGGAUGCCGCGUCUUGUUCUGACUCACCUGCUCUGGCCACACCAAGUACUUGCGAAUCGCCUGGGCAAGGCAAUCAUGUGCACGAUGAGAGUGGAUGUGCACCGAUAGUCGACGCUGUCGAACGCGAAGGCGGGGUAGCUCAA